AUGCCAGAACUCAUGAUGGAAACAGAUUACUUGCACUGGGAAUUACCGUUACCUGCCGUAUCCGUUUGCGAAGAAGAUAACAAGGAAGCAAUAGAAAAGUUCGUGCGGAGUUAUUAUAUUGAAGAAGAUGAGGUGAUAAAAGUCUCAUCCUUUUUGGAAAAUCUAGUGCAUCCUAGAGCUAAUUAUUGCAUCAGCUGCAUAGCUUCUUGCAACAGUUGUCCUAAACAAGGAUAUUCAACUUUAGUGUCCAAGUUGUCUGCUUCAUGUGACGAUACAUUCGUGGAAUGUAAAUGGCGAGGACAGGCUUUCAACUGCUGUCAGCAUUUCCAUCCCCUACUGACACCCUGGGGGCGCUGCUUUAGUCUCAACUCACGUCAAACAAAAUCCGUUGAACAAGUGCAACUAUUUACUGUCAAUCACAACGAGAGAAAUAAUAUACUAGAGAUGAAGUAUAAGAGACCUGUCAAGCUACAUCUUCAUGAUCCUUAUGACAUUGACUUCUCAAAGCCAUUAGCAAACUCAAAACGUACACAAAAUAUUGAAGGAAGUGUUACCAUGGGUCACAAAUUACAAGUCAUAUAUAAGUUUCGUAACAUAGAUAUUCAUCAGUCUGCAUGGGAACUGAAAAGAAAUCAGAGGGGAUGUACAUUGCCACGAGAAAUUGAUCUCAGAUACUACAGAGAAUACAGUCUCUCAGCAUGUUUAGCUUCAUGUGAAGUUAAAAAUCAAAUGUGGUUCUGCAAUUGCUCUCACCAUCUGCUAUCUCCAAAUAGGAAAGUCAAAGAAUGCAAUUUUGAAGGUCUUCAUUGUUUAGAUACUUACUUUGCAUACCUCAACCACUACCAAUACCUUGCCCAGUAA